UUAAUUAUGAAAUAAUUUCCCAUAUACGCCUUUAUAUAAACGCCUUGCUACGAAGACAUAAAUUGCAAGCCUAAUACAUAAACAUCUUACGGCAAUUUCUUUUGAUCAAACCAUAUUAAGUUAAACAUGGCUCUUAAAAUUGAUUUGAUGAUCAGUAAUAUUCUAAUAUUGUUCUUUGUAGUUGGCAUAUUUAACUCUCAAGAUGCAAUUGCUCGCCGCCAGCCAAAACUAUCCGUGUCUGAGAGACACAAACAGUGGAUGGCGCGUCAUGGACGCGUUUACAAGGACGAAGCAGAAAAAGGAAAACGACUGAUGAUAUUCAAAGAAAACUUGAAAUUCAUUGAGUCAAUCAAUAAGGCAGGAAAUCUGUCUUACAAGUUAGGCAUCAAUGAAUUUGCAGAUAUUACUUCGGACGAGUUUUUUGCAAAGUAUACUGCAUUAAACAUGCCUUCUUCACAUCCAUCACCUUCUCCAAUGUCGUCGGCGGAAUUCAUGAUCAAUGAUCUAACUGAUGAUGACAUUCCGUCUAACUUGGAUUGGAGAGACAAUGGAGUUGUGACGAAAGUCAAGCAUCAAGGUCAAUGUGGAUGUUGCUGGGCAUUUUCUGCAGUUGGAGCGCUAGAAGGAGCCUACAAACUUGCAACAGGUCAAUUGAUUGAACUCUCUGAGCAAGAACUUCUCGAUUGCACCACCAACAACCGCGGCUGUGAUGGAGGUUAUAUGACCAAUGCAUUUGAAUUCAUCAUACAAAAUGGUGGAAUUUCAACUCGAUCAAAUUAUCCAUAUCAAGGUCAACAAUACACAUGCAGAAGUCAAGAGCAGACGCCGGCAGUAAAAAUAAGUGGCUAUCAAGUCGUGCCUGAAAGUGAAACAGCAUUGUUACAAGCCGUAACCAAACAACCAGUGUCGAUUGGAAUUUCUACUAGCCAAGAGUUUCAAUUUUACAGAGGAGGAACUUAUCAUGGUAGUUGUGCUGAUCGUAUUAACCAUGCUGUAACGGUUAUAGGGUAUGGAACUGAUGAGCAGGGUCAGAAAUAUUGGUUGUUGAAGAAUUCAUGGGGAACAAAUUGGGGUGAGAAUGGAUUUAUGAAAAUUAUAAGAGAUACUGGAAAUCCUGGAGGACAUUGUGACAUUACCAAGUUGUCUUCUUAUCCAAUCAUAUGAUAUAUAUGAUAGUCCUUCAAGGAAAUAUUCAAUGUUUAAUUAUUUUCUUAUAUGUUGUUGUGUUGUAUCAAGAGUUGAAAAAAAAUAUUGGUCGUGUGCAAGCAAAAACUUUUUGCAUGCAGGAUCUGAGUCUUUUGUAUUGAAACUUUAUGAAAUUAUAAAAAAGCAUAAUGAUUAAAUUA